AUGGAAGUUCCACUCAAGAAAAAAAAUUACGCACAAAAGUAUAGAAAAGAGUGGGAAUCGCUAGAUGAAUUCCAAACCUGGCUUAAACCUUUACCUGGGGAUGAUACGAAGGCGUUUUGCUCAUUUUGUAAAGCAGAAUUAUUAGCAAAAUUAGUAGACUUGAAAAGACAUGUUGAAACAAAAAAGCACAAACAAAAAAUGCAAAUUAUAUCUGGCAAUCAAACGAUAAAAUUCACGGCCGGUGAAAAGUUUACAAAUCCAAAAUCUCGCAAAGCUGAAGGAAUGCUCGCUCUUUACAUUACAGAACACAGUUCAGUUUCCUGUAUUGAUCAUCUAACCGAUUUAGUAAAAUUGGCUUUCCCUGAUUCCAAAGCAACGGAUGACUUGAAAAUGCAUCGUACUAAGUGUACUGAAGUUAUCAAAAAUGUCUUGGCGCCACAUUUCGUUGAAGAACUAAUAGAGGACAUAGGACAGCAGAAAUACAGACAAUACAGUCUAAUCAUUGACGAAUCAACUGACAUCAGUACGAGCAAGCAACUGGGCAUUGUAAUCAGGUAUUUCAGUAGAAAACUAAAAAAAGUCGUUUCUUCGUUUCUGUCUCUAGAACCACUUAAAACCAGCGAUGCAGUCGGAAUUGUUGAAGCCCUUUUUUCUUGCUUACAAAAAUAUGGCCUAGAUAAAAAUAAAAUGGUUGGAUUGGGAACAGACAAUGCGUCAGUCAUGACUGGAAUUAAUAAUGGAGUGUUCAGAAUACUGAAAAAUGAUAUCCCAAAUUUGAUUCUUAACAGAUGCACUUGCCACUCUUUGCAACUUGCAGUGUCACAUGCGUCAGAACAGACGCUACCAAGAAAUAUUGAAUUCUUGAUUAGAGAAACCUACAAUUGGUUUUCCCACUCUGCAAAACGUAAAAAUGAAUAUCAAGUAAUUUACGAAACUAUCAAUUGCGGAGAAUCACCUUUGAAGAUUUUGCAGGUAUGUGACACGCGCUGGUUGUCCAUUGAACCAGCAGUCCAAAGAAUUUUGGCACAGUGGGAAGAACUGACUUUACAUUUUGGGCUUGUGAGAGAUCGAUGUUACACUGCAGAUCUAUUAUAUUCUAUGUACAAGGACAAAUCUAAUUACUUGUAUUUGCUAUUUUUGAGAAGUAUACUAAACGAUGUGCAGAUCGCUGUGAAAACGUUUGAAAGCGAAAGUGCAAAUCCUCUUCGAUUAUUAAAUGUGCUGAUUACACUUUUACGUUCAGUUUGCAACAGGAUACUGUUGCCGAAUGUAGCCACCACAGAUAAGGAUUUUUUAAACAUUGACAUCGACCGAAACCUUAAUCCGGUCCCAUAUAUGGGAUACCUCUUUGAAUCGGAAAGUGAAAGAACAUCAUUAACAUCUGAUGCUGUAUCAGCCAUAAAACGUCGAUGUAUUGAAUUUAAUGUGAAGCUAGCAAAGGAAAUUCAACAGAGGCUGCCGACCAAUUAUACUGUGCUGGAGUUGAUGUCAAGAUUAGCCCCACAAACGAUUCUAUGCCAAGGUAAGGACAAUUCCAUUUCGGAACUAGCUAAAGAACUUGGCUAUAAUGCUUGUAAAAUUGACAAGAUAUUGAACCAGUGGCACAACAUCUGUUUUGUUCAGUGGAAAAACACAAAUGAUGUUAUAAAAUUUUGGCUUGAGGUAGAUGAGCACAGAAACGCAGCUGGAAUAAAUGUCUUUGGAGAACUAGUUGAUCUUGCCAUAUCUGCGUUAACUUUACCCCAUUCUAAUGCGGGUAUCGAAAGAAUUUUCAGUGUCAUGAAUAUUGUGAAAAACAAACUUCGGAACAGGAUGGCUGGUCCACUUCUAAAUGCCAUAAUAUUUAUCAGAAAUAGACUAAAAGUUACUGAUGCAAAAUGUUACAAUUAUGAAUUACCACAACAUGUCAUUGCAGCUAUUGGCAAAAACACAAAGUACUCUUACAAAAUUCAACCACAUCCAACAACAUCUUCAGCAUCGGCGUCAGCGUCGUCAGAAGUAGCGUCUGCAUCUGUGAAUGAUGACGAAGUUAUAGAAGAUAUAACAUUUGAUAAUCUUGAAUUAUAACUUGUAAAUUUUUUUUUACUUGUUUCUUUUGAUUUUUUCUACUGAUUAGGUACAAAUGAAUAACAAAUUAACAUUAUUUAUGUGGUUUUAUUUUAUUGCAUAUACAAUACUACUCAUUAUGUCAAGUUAUGUAUACCGAAUAUAAUGUUUAUGUUUAGUAAAUUGUAAGUUAGUAAAACUCUUUAAUGCACUCUGGUAAAAAACACAA